AUGGUCACCGAUUGGCAGACCCUGGCGAAAGCGAAGAGAGAUGCCAUUCUGAAUUCGAUUCCUGAAAAGUGGCGCCUUUCAAAGAUCCCUUCAUGUGAAGAACAGAAAGAUGUCACGGGCACUUACAUCCAGCAGUUCUUGAGCGAGAAGGAAAUUGAGAUCACAGAGACUGACUCUGUCGGACUGGCUGAAAAGGUUGCCUCCGGGUCAUGGUCUGCGGUCGAGGUCACAGAAGCAUUCUGCCACCGAGCAUCGUUGGCCCAUCAAUUGGUCAAUUGUCUCCAUGAGACCUUUUUUGACGCGGCCCUUGAUUCAGCAAAGGCACUGGACGAAUAUUAUGCACAGCACAAAAGGACUAAAGGGCCACUUCAUGGAGUCCCGGUUUCGCUGAAAGAUCAGUUUCAUGUGGAGAAUGUCGAGACCACGAUGGGCUAUGUUGGCUGGAUUGGAACUUUUGAAGGCGUUGCGGAUGAUCCUCGCAAAGGCAAGUAUGAGAGCGAGAUGGUUCGCGAGUUGAGAAACCUUGGGGCCGUUCUCUAUUGCAAGACCAGUGUUCCGCAUACACUCAUGAGUGGUGAGACGGUCAACAAUAUCAUUGGAUACACCUGGAAUCCAAAGAACCGCAACCUCUGCUCUGGCGGAAGUUCUGGCGGAGAGGGUGCACUGAUUAGUCUCAAGGGCUCGCCUGGAGGAUUUGGCACGGACAUUGGAGGAUCAAUUCGAAUUCCCGCUGCAUUCAACGGCCUGUACGGCAUCCGGCCGACAUCGGGAAGACUGCCAUAUGAAGGCAUGGCAAACAGCAUGGACGGCCAGAACAGCAUUUUGUCGGUUGUUGGUCCGCUUGCUACUACCGCUCGGGCCGUCAGACUGCUUACGAAAUCAAUUCUGUCUCAGAAUCCGUGGCUUAAUGACCCUCUGGUGGUCGACAUGCCUUGGCGAGAUGCUCAGGAACAAGCCAUCUAUGACAUCGUGAAAUCAUCUUCUUCCAAAGAGCGGCUAAGCUUUGCCGUGUUGAAGUCUGAUGGCAUUGUCAAUCCCCAACCACCCGUAGCAAGAGCCAUUUCCACGGUCACUGAGGCCCUCAGCAGGGCUGGACACAAAAUUAUUGAGUGGAAGCCGCCGUCCCAUCCCAAGUUGCUCGAAAUCGCAUUCAAGACGUGGAUAUAUGAUGGCGGAAAAGAUGUUCAUGGUGCAUUUGCCUUGUCGGGGGAACCCAUCUCUCCGCAGAUCAAAAUGAGCUAUGGUGACAAACCGAUAAAUGAAUUCACGGCAUCACAGAUUGCGGCGAACAACGUGGCAAAGCGCCAGUUCCAAAAGGAAUAUAUGGAUUACUGGAAUAGCACGGCUCAGGAAACUGGGACAGGCCAACCGGUGGACGGCAUUAUCUGUGCCGUGGCCCCAUAUCCAGCAGCAAGACCGGAGAAGUAUUCUUACUAUGGUUAUAGUGCGUGGGUGAAUGGGCUGGAUUACACUAGCGUGGUGGUCCCGGUCACCUUCUCCGACAAGACGAAGGACAAAUAUGAGGAAGGAUAUGCGCCGAUAAGUGAUCUGGACAAGAAGACAUUCGAGGAUUAUGAUGCGGAAAUUUACGACGGAGCGCAUGUCAGCGUUCAGAUCGUCGGAAGAAGAUACACCGAAGAGAAAAUGCUUGCAAUUGCGGAUUAUGUUGGAACAUUGCUUGGGAAAUAG